AUGGCGGCGAAGCGGGGGCUUGCGCUUCCUCGUAGACUGUUUCAGAGAGCUCCGACGCCGGUGGCGCCCCGCGCAAGCUCAGCCGCGACGGCGACUCCGAUCCGAGCGUUGUCCAAUGCAGCCCGGGGCAGCAGAUCCGACGGGUUCUACGUGAGCAAGAGAGCAGUGAAGACGACGCUGUUGGCCGGUGCAGCGAUAACGGGCGCGUACCUGUAUCUCGACCGUGAGAAUGCCGACCGGAAGGAGAUCCGAUUCCUGCUGGAGCGCAGCCAGCUGAGUCUGGAGAGGGGGGAGAUCGAGCAGUCUAUGAAGGAGCAGCAGAAGGCGUUCGAGCUCCUCAAGACGAAGUUCCCGGAAGACAAGAGCAAGAUUGCAAUGGCCAUAGCAAUCGGAGCCGCGUUCGAGAAGACGGAGCACUUUGCCACCGCGGUGCCGUUCUACCGCGAGGCUCUUGAGUUUCUGUCGCUCGAGCCGCGCAUCGUUUAUCGGGAGGAUCUGCGUAUCAUGGUGCUGGAUCGCCUCGGACAAUGCUUCAAGAAUGCUGGAGACAUGGAGGCUGCUGAGAACCAUUUCAAGCAAGCGAUCGAUGCUUACGACCAGUUGAAGGGGAAGUUGUCACUCUCUGCUGACGCGGCCAACGAACCGAGCGUCCUGUCCAAGCUCGACGAAGAUGUUCUCAACGUGUUCCUCCACUACACAGUCCUUCUCACGACACUGCAGCGCCCGGACGAUGCUGCGCGUGCUCGGCAGCGCCUGUCGUCGAUCGCUCGCAGCUCCCCGCAGCUCCGCGGUCAGGUGGCCAAGAUCCAACGCCAGGUGAUCGACUACAUCGCGCUGGAGGGAAUUCGAGAGCAGCGGAAGCUCCAGCAAUUGAAAGGAGACGAAGGAAGCGACUUCGUGUAA